CAUUUGAUCGAUCCAUUGUUCGCCACGUGUUCUGCACUUCAGGUUCAGCGCCUUCAGCUUUCAAGUGUGACCGAUAUCACAGUAAUCGUGCACGUCUUCGUGAAUACGUUAAUAAUUUUUAUGGAAAAAUGAUGCAAAUAAAUUAAAUUUUGCUUGGAUUUUAUCAUUCUACAGCUUUGCUAAUAUUUAUGGUGAUUUAUAGUCAUCUUCAGGAAUAAUCAGGAUGAUAAUUUAGCAUUACUGAAUACUGAUUACUUAUUUAUCUAUCAAGUUAGGCUUAGGCCUAGUUGGCUAACUACGACUGCCGAACCUGACUACUCAUCCAACUAAGCCUAGCUGUAAAAGGGCUUUCUUAGUGGUUAGCAAGAAGUUUAAAAGAAUGUCUGCCAUAGCUGUAAGAAAACUUCUCUUCUUUGGGCGGUUGCAUCCGCAGAAAUGUAGCUUCAGCCUCAACCAAGUAAGAAGAUUAGGUGCUUCAGUCUUGCGUCCUUGUAGCACUGUGGUGCAGCCUCGGAUCACCACUCACUACACACGCCAUCCCCGUGAGCACGACCCAAGAUGGGCAGAAAUCUCGAUGGAGCGAGAAACAUACUCUGCGGACGUGGUGAUUGUUGGAGGUGGCCCCGCCGGCAUGUCCGCUGCCAUUCGUCUAGCACAGCUGGCGCAGCAGGCUGAAAAAGAGCUCACCAUUGUGGUGCUUGAGAAGGCUACUGAGAUUGGCCAACACACAUUAUCUGGUGCUUGUCUGGAGACACGAGCCUUGGACGAGCUGAUCCCUGACUGGCGAGAUCGAGGCGCCCCCAUCCACAACCCUGUCACCCACGACAAAUUUGCUUUACUCACUGAAACUGGCAGAAUACCCAUACCCAUCCUUCCUGGCAUGCCCAUGUACAACGUGGGCAACCACAUUGUUCGCUUGGGUCACGUGGUGGCAUGGCUGGGGGCGCAGGCAGAGGAGCUUGGGGUGGAGGUGUACCCGGGGCAGCCUGCAGCAGAGCUUCUCUACCACGACGACGGUUCUCUUAAGGGCGUCGCUACUGCCGACGCAGGGAUAGCUAAGGACGGCGCCCCUAAGGCGGCGUUCCAAAGGGGCAUGGAGUUCCAUGCGAAGUGCACCAUCUUUGCUGAGGGCUGUCACGGCCAUCUGGCCAAGCAGCUUUACCAGAAGUACAACCUCAGGGACAAGUGCCAGCCACAGACAUAUGGCAUCGGCCUCAAGGAGCUCUGGCAGGUACCAGAGGGCAACCACAAGCCUGGUACCAUCGAGCACACCGUCGGCUGGCCCCUCGACAGACACACGUACGGGGGUUCGUUCCUCUACCACCUGGAGGACGGGGGUGAGCGGCUGGUGGCCCUGGGGUUGGUGAUGGGGUUGGACUACCGCAACCCCUACCUCAGCCCCUUCAAGGAGCUGCAGAGGUUCAAACAUCACCCCAGCAUCGCCCCCACCCUCAGGGGCGGCACCAGGGUGCAGUACGGGGCCCGGGCCCUGAACGAGGGAGGCCUGCAGUCCCUCCCCAAGCUGACAUUCCCUGGGGGAUGCCUGGUGGGGUGCUCCCCAGGCUUCAUGAACGUCCCCAAGAUCAAGGGGACGCACACCGCCAUGAAGAGCGCCAUGCUCGCCGCUGAGGCCGUCUUCGGGAGGCUCAGUGGCGACCAGGGGACUAGUGUGGACCCGCAGGAGUACGAGGCCCUCAUCAGGGCGUCGUGGGUGUGGCAGGAGCUUCACGCCGCCCGCAACGUGCGCCCCUCCUUCCACUCCCCCCUGGGGCUGUACGGGGGGCUGCUCUACACGGGGGUCUUCUACAUGCUGGCGGGGGGACGUGAGCCCUGGACACUCAAGCACCCCGGUCGUGAUGCAGACAGCUUGCGCCCCGCCAAGGACUGCCUCCCCAUCCAGUACCCCAAGCCUGAUGGGGAGCUGAGCUUCGACCUCCUCACCUCCGUGUCUCUGACCAACACCAACCAUGAACACGACCAGCCUCCCCACCUCACACUCUCUGACGACCUCAUCCCCACCCUGCGCAACCUCCCUACCUUCGGGGGGCCUGAGGCUCGGUUCUGUCCUGCUGGCGUGUACGAGUUCGUCCCCGCGGAGGGGGGAGAUGGGGAGCGCCUACAGAUCAACGCCCAGAACUGCAUCCACUGCAAGACUUGCGACAUCAAAUGUCCGUCCCAGAACAUCAAUUGGGUCGUGCCCGAGCCUGGAGGCGGCCCAGCCUACAACGGCAUGUAGGGCCCAGCCUACAACAUGUAGGACCCAGCCUACAACGGCAUGUAGGGCCCAGCCUACAACAUGUAGAACCCAGCCUACAACGUCAUGUAGGGCCCAGCCUACAACGGCAUGUAGGGCCUAGCCUACAACAUGUAGGACCCAGCCUACAACGGCAUGUAAGGCCCAGCCUACAACGGCAUGUAGGGCCCAGCCUACAACGGCAUGUAGGGCCUAGCCUACAACGUCAUGUAGGGCCCAGCCUACAACGGCAUGUA